AUGGUAGGAGAAUCCAAACUCCGCGAAAAAGUCGGAUGUCACCUGUGCAUUGGAAGAAUUGCCGAAUAUACUCUAUACAACGACACCUUUUAUCUCUGCCCCGGAUGCUACAGUGACUGGUACUACUACACAGGAUACGCGACCGCACUCAACAUAGUCUUCGAAGACGAUUUAGGACAACACACUUGUUCUACUUAUCCAGAAGAACCACAAUUUCAAACCUACAUCCAACUCCUGGUCCAUAUGGACGAAUGUGUCCAGAAGUUGCGAUCUAGUUUCUUCAAAGACCUCCUCACCUACAAACAAAAUAUUGAAUUUUUACUCAACGAACACCUUCUUAUUUAUGGAAGUAUCCCUGACGAAGGAAAAUCAUGUUAUAUGUAUUCUGAAAUUGCUACCUCCCUCCUAUACGGACAAUUAUAUCUCUGCAGUGAACACCAGAAUACUUGGAGAGAACGAACCGGAUUCGUACACUUUGUAGACAUAAGAAAAAACCAGAAACAACCAAAAUAUUAA